AUGGAGAUAGACAAAGACAGAAACAUAGAUGGAGACAGAACCCGUACAGAGAUAGAAAUAAAGACAGAGGUACAUACGGACACAGAGAUAGACAGAGAUAGGCACAGAUGGAGACAGAACCCAAACAGAGAUAGAAAUAAAGACAGAGGUAGAGAUGGACAUGAAGAUGGACAAGGACAGAAACAUAGAUGGAGACAGAACCCAAACAGAGAUAGAAAUAAAGACAGAGGUAGAGAUGGACAUGGAGAUAGACAAAGACAGAAACACAGAUGGAGACAGAAGCCAAACAGAGAUAGAAAUAAAGACAGAGGUAGAGAUGGACAUGGAGAUAGACAAGGACAGAAACAUAGAUGGAGACAGAACCCAAACAGAGAUAGAAAUAAAGACAGAGGUAGAGAUGGACAUGAAGAUGGACAAGGACAGAAACAUAGAUGGAGACAGAACCCAAACAGAGAUAGAAAUAAAGACAGAGGUAGAGAUGGACAUGGAGAUAGACAAAGACAGAAACACAGAUGGAGACAGAAGCCAAACAGAGAUAGAAAUAAAGACAGAGGUAUAUACGAACACAAAGGAUAG